GUGCUGCGGAGCGCUGCCCGGGGCCGGUCUGCGCCAUCGGUGCGAGAUGGAUUUAAGGCACCAGCUAGAGCUGUUCCCUGACUGCAGCGUGACUCUCCUCCUCUUUAACCACGUGAAAAAUGCCGCUGCUCUAAGAAAAAAAGCCAUGGAAGGAUCCAUUGAAGGAGCAUUAAUAAACCCUGCAAUGAUUGUAGAUCCUUUUCAAAUUCUUGUGGCAGCCAACAAAGCAGUUCAUCUACACAAGAUAGGUAAAAUGAAGACCAGAACUCUCUAUGCAGAAAUUAUUUUCAGCCUUUCACCAAACAACAAUAUUUCAGAUGCAUUUAAAAAGUUUGGCAUUUCAGACAGUGACACAGCAGUACUCAUUGUUCUGAUUGUGGACAGAGAAAAAACUGUAAAUCUGGAAGAUAUAGCAUCUCAGGUAGAAGGCCAACAGGUUUCUCUAGAUGAACUCCCCCAACUAACAGACACUGCCAAAGUUAAAAAGAUGUACAAAGUUACUCCGCAGGAAGAAAAAAUCGGCACCUUAUUGGAUAGUAUUGUUUGCAGAAUGUCAACAAAAGAUGUUUUAUGAAAAUGUGGAAAUAAAUUUGUUUUAAAGGAAAAAGAGGGCUUUUUAAGGUGUAAAAACACUUCAUUGCAAUUCAUCCUGCAUUUCAGAGAAAGUGGUGUAGUACUGAGUAGUUUGAUGACAUCUGAGCUUUAACCAUAAAUGAGCAAGCUUGGAUAUGGGGGUAAUCUGAGCUAUAUUCUAAGCACAGAGAGCAAUUCUGCCGUGCAAAGCAGAAUUUGCCAUUGGCAUUUCUGUCCACUUUCUUAACGAGAAAAAAAUCACUUUUGCCAGUACCGUAAGUUGAUCAUAAACAGAAGGCUUGGAAAUCUACUUAAUUUUCUCUAUCAUCAAAUGUUUUGCUAGUCCCAGAUAGGAUUCAAACGUUGUAAAUCAUUUUUAUUAACCCUUCCCUGAUCUGUUUUGUUUUGGCACCCCUGAUGGAUGAUAUCCUUUUAACGAUACUACUGCUGGAAAAGGUAUGAAUACUAUGGCAAUCAUGAGCAAUACUAAGUAUUGCUGAUGGACUAGAAAAAGGAAAGUUUCCAAAACUAUCAGCAGCACCUCCCUCUUUCUGCUAAUGAGAUAGAGUCGCUGCCCACCCUUUGGGAACAGGAAGGGGUGGGAGGGGCACCACGGCAGCCAGUGGUGGGGACAGUGUGGAGCAGGGGCGUCAGAGGUGUGCAGAACAAUGAAUAAGGCCAGUAUGGAUGAUGCUAUGGUCGUGUUAGCACCUGACAAUCUGAUGUCAUCAGAUGCAGCAUACUGCUGAGGUACUUGUGUGUUGCUGUGGUACCUUAGUGUUGGCAUUAAAGGACAAUGAGAGGUGCUUUUACUUUAUAACACUGAAUUAUGCUGGCUUUCUAGGGCCUGGUUCCAGGUGCAGAAUUCACAGAGAAAUUUGCACCAGAGAUUUAUUCACUUAAAUUGUCGAUAUAACUUACAUAGCAUUCUGAAAGGAUCAUUGAACUCAUUUCAUUUGGUUGAACCAGUGUCAGGAAAGGCCAUCAAAGGGACCUAAAAAGAACAUUGAUUUUCAACAGUCACCAGGUCCAACAGCCCUGCAUGAGUAUCAUUUAAUCACAUGCAGGCAUCCUGUUUAAGAAAAAUUACUGUCCUAAUUAGGUAGAAAUCCAUACUGUUGGUUAUUGUUACGCUGGUUUGAUUUUGGUUAAUUCUUUCCUCAAUUAAAACACAGUAGUACAAAUACUGCCCUUUUCUUACCAACCAAAUCAAUGGCAAAAUACUUACCAAGUACCAAGGGAACUACAAGGUUUAUCAAAAUAAAUGAUUCAGGAGAAAUGGCUGUGCUGAUUUCUUGGUUUAAAGAUGGCUUUACAUAAUGUUUCAUUCUCUCUAAAGGGAAAUGUGAGGCAGUAGUAAAAAAUGGAGCUUGGAAGGGCUCGAGUCUUUUGAAAUAAAACGUGUGUAACAUCAGCAUGUGAGAAUGACCAUGGAAAAUAAAAGACUUGUUUUCCUUUUCCAACAGUCCAGUUGGUACAUGGGGUAUAUCAUCAGAUUUGCUGGCUGAACUGCUGACAUUGUUUUUGGUAGCUUAAAAUAACAGCAGACAGGUAUGCUUAAACCACAGCCUUUUUUGAACAUGUAAAACAUCAUUCUGGUCUGUUUAAUGUAGGAGAAAUAUUAAUAAAAAGACCACUGCAUAACAAUUGAUACACAAGUUCCAAGCUUGGGUUCACAGCUUCCAAUUCUUGUCAGUCUAUUUCACUGGUAUAGAAACAGUAAAUAGUUUGUUACUGUUGACAUGAGUUAAAUUACGGAAUUGUGAUUUACUGUGAGACCCGAAUGAGCUAUUUUCAUGGGUGGAUUUCCUGGAAAUGAUUUUGGGAGCUGAAGUCCCCAUAGUAUCAUUCAGUCAGGCAGAUGAUUUGGGUCUGUUGGCAGUGAAGACUAUGCCAUUGCCCUGCAAGACCACAGUUUUCCCCUAGUCCUAACUGCAUUAGCUAAGUUAAACAUUAUUUACAAAAACUGGUAAUAAAUGUAG